GCUCCUGAGGGAAAGCCUGUAACUCCGGUGAGGUCCUGAGUCAUGUGGAAACACCGGAAGAAGGCGUGCACGUGCAGGGAAAAGACAGAGUUACGUAAACGCAUGCUUCCUCCUGCAACAGCCUGAGGGGAACUCCAUAUGUGGCCGUACAGGUGUGACACACAUAACGGACACACACACCUGAACACACUUCCACUCAGCACACAACAGAGUCCCAGGAGAAGACGAGAGAGGAUGCUGCUGGGGAGAGGACUGAGGGAGCGCAGGGCGGGGGGGUGUAACAGGGCCUUGCUGGUGUCUGUGGCUCAGUUUGACCCCGGGGUGAGGCUGCGGGGGAGGCCCGGGGCGCAGAGGGACACCAAGAAACUCCACAGAACCCUCAGCAAGCUGGGCUUCAGGGUGGAGAUCCACAGCGACCUGAGCAGUGACCAGAUCUACCAGCUGUUCCUGGAAGAGAGCAGGUGCCCUGUGAAGGACUGUUUUCUCGCCGUCUUGUCGUCUCACGGUGACGAGGGCUGUGUGUUCGGGGCUGACGGGAAACCUGUUCUUCUGUCACGCGUGUUCAACUACUUCGACAACGAGUGCAUGGAGGAAAAGGCCAAAGUGUUCCUGAUACAGGCGUGUCGGGGGGGCGCUCUCGAUGAUGGUGUGGAGGUGGAUUCGGCCGUUGACAUCAGCGAGUGCAGCUUCACUCAGCAUCUGUCUGUUCCUGUAGACACAGCUGUGAUGUACGCCACGGCUCCAGGUUACGGAGCCUUCAUGCACCCUCUGGGCUCGGUCUUCCUGCAGACUUUCUGCACCUUGUUGCAGGAGGAAGGGAACCGUGAGCUGGAGCUGACCCGGCUGAUGACCCGCCUGUCACACAGCGUGGCCUACACCUUCCAGGCCAAAGGAGGCACUCUGGCCGGGAAGAAGGAGAUGCCGUGCUUCAUGACUCGACUGACCAGAGAAGUGUUCCCGUUCGCCUCGACUCAGACUCCUUCCAUCAGCUAGACUGGAACAGGCCUGUCUGCAUGUGUGGACUCAAUGAUCCUUAGCAAGGCUGUGAUCGAAGAGGCCGAAAAAUUCAGAUCCUCCUUUUCUGACCUCUUCUUCACCUCAUUGACAAACCUCAUGGGGUUAAUGAAAGAGGAGAGUCCAUCAGGACCAGAGGUGUAAAGUAACUAAAUACUUUUACUUCAUAGUACUAUUUCCAUUUGAUGUUACUCUGCACUUGUACUCCACUAAAGUUCAGAGGUAAAUGGUGUACCUUUACUCCUACAUGUAUUUAACCCUUUAGUUGCUAGGCAGAUUAGGAUUAAUGAUGGUACAUAUAACCAACCCUUAAAUCAGACUUUAGUUCACCUGCAGUAAAUUCAGCAGCUACCCUGCAGUAUACAAAGCCAUUCAAACCAACCGGGGGUACGGGGACCCUAUGGUACUUGAGGGGAUUGCAAGGGGAACGUAAAAAGAUUAGGGGUUGCAUUUUAUUUUCACACAAAAACAUUUAUUAUUAUUGAAAUUAGGAUUAUUUAUUAAUCCAGUCAUAGAUAAAUAAAAGACACAAAAACUAAAUUAAUUAAUUAAUUAAUUAAUUAAAGCUAAAGUAAAUGAAAA